CAUCCAACUCCACGAUCAAUUGUGGAGGAUCUGAAGAUCAAGGGUCACAUCGAGACCCCCGAGGUCGAAGCAGCCUUCAGAGUUGUCCCUCGGCACCUUUUCCUACCCGACGUUCCUUUGGAAAGGGUCUACAGUGAUGAAGCGAUUCUUACCAAGCUCCAGAACGGACAGCUAGUCAGUUCGUCUUCGCAGCCCGCCAUGAUGGCCAUUAUGCUGGAGCAACUGGGAUUGCAACCGGGGCACCGUGUGUUGGAGAUAGGCGCCGGUUCAGGCUAUAACGCGGGUCUGAUGGCGCACAUAGUCGGCGAUUCAGGGCAGGUCACAACAAUUGACAUCGAUGAAGACCUCGUCGAAGGCGCCCGAAAUGGCUUGAGGGCGGCGGGCCUGGAUGCCGUAACCGUCGUUUGUCAGGACGGAGGGUUCGGUCACCCCGACCACGCACCUUACGACCGGAUAAUUCUGACUGUAGCAGCAUGGGAUAUCGUUCCCGCCUGGAGGGAGCAGUUGAAACCGGGGGGACGGUUGCUCUUACCGUUGGAAGUUGGUCGAAGCGUUCAGAAAUCGAUCGCCUUCGAUAAAACAGGCGACCAACUGGAGAGCGCAUCGGUCAAGGAUUGCGGGUCAUGCCCUUAG